AUGGAAAAUCCCAGAACUACUAUCAUUUUUCUCUCACUUCUUGUUUUCUUCAUAAACUCAGCCGUAUCAUCAACUGCAGUCAUGACUUACAAUGUGGCCGAUUUAGGAGCCAAACCAGACGGCCAGACCGACUCAACCAAAGCCUUCCUUUCUGCAUGGGACAAAGCCUGUGACUCCGUCGAUCCGUCUGUCAUCUAUGUCCCGACGGGAAGGUUCUUGCUUCGUAAUGCGGUUUUCGCCGGACCAUGCAAGAACAUGGCCAUCACUUUUCGCAUUGCCGGCACACUCGUGGCCCCUUCAGAUUACCGGGUCAUAGGAAAUGCCGGCAACUGGCUUUUCUUUAGGCAUGUGAAUGGGGUUACCAUCUCCGGUGGAAUUCUUGACGGACAAGGCACUGGUUUGUGGGAUUGUAAGGCCUCCGGCAAGGGUUGCCCCAGCGGAGCAACGACACUGGGAUUUUCCAACUCGAACAACAUUGUCGUGAGCGGAGUGACAUCCCUAAACAGCCAAAUGUUCCACAUAGUCAUCAACGGCUGCAACAAUGUGAAAUUGCAAGGUGUUAGGGUUUCUGCCUCCAGUAACAGCCCAAACACGGAUGGAAUCCACGUCGGAAAGUCCUCCGGCGUCAUUAUUCUCGACUCUAAGAUCGCCACCGGUGACGAUUGUGUCUCAAUUGGUCCUGGAACAACUAAUCUAUGGAUCGAAAACGUUGCAUGCGGACCCGGCCAUGGAAUCAGCAUUGGGAGUCUAGGCAAGGACCAGGAGGAGGAGGGAGUGCAAAAUGUAACGGUCAAAACUGUUACAUUUACAGGUACUCAAAAUGGUCUAAGAAUUAAAUCAUGGGGAAGACUUAGUACUGGUUUUGCUAAGAACAUUCUAUUCCAACAUGCUUUCAUGGUCAAUGUCCGAAAUCCAAUCGUUAUUGAUCAAAAUUAUUGCCCCGGCGAAAUAGGGUGUCCUGGUCAGGAUUCGGGAGUUCAGAUUAGCGAUGUAACAUAUCAGGACAUCCACGGGACAUCAGCAACAGAAGUUGCGGUGAAAUUUGACUGCAGUUCUAAAUUCCCUUGUAGCAAGAUCACUCUUGAUGAUGUGAAGCUCAGUUAUAAGAACGAAGCAGCGGAAGCUUCAUGUAGCCAUGCCGGGGGAACAGCUUUGGGUACUGUUCAGCCUACAAGUUGUUUGUAG